AUGUCCACCACCCAACUGUCAUUAAAGCUUGCCACUGCUGAAGAGCCUCCAGUACUACGUUCCCACCAAAUGACCACACGGUCCCAGAACCACAUCGUGAAGCCAAAGACCUUCACUAAUGGAAUAGUUCGCUACCCACUUCCGCAGUCUUUCUUUGUUGCAAGUGGUGUUCCUGACUUCCCCAUGAAUUAUACAGAAGCAAGCAAAUAUAGUGAGUGGCGCAAUGCAAUGGAUGAGGAAUUCACAACUCUUAUGAAGAAUGGCACUUGGUCUCUAGUGCCAUCAAAACCAAAUAUGAACAUUGUCGACUCCAAGUGCAUUUUCAAAUCCAAACACAAAGCCAAUGGCACUCUCGAAUGCCAUAAAGCACAACUAGUUGCCAAGGGCUACCACCAACAGCCCAAAUUUGACUUCGAUGACACAUUCACUCCAGUGGUCAAGCCCACAACCAUCUAG